GUGCUUUUACACAUAUCACAGCAGGCUAUUGUAUCUCCCUACAGGGAAUUACAGGGAUAUUAAAAUGCCCAAACUCUUAUUUUCAAGGAUUCGACUUUACGAAUUUAAGGAUUUAAUGCCCAACAUGAAGCAGCCACGAAGGUUUGACAUUGUACUGAACUGCAGGAGGCGUAAGAAGGAUAUCCAGUGUGUCAGUGUACAGAAAUGUAAUGAUGAGAUGUACUCUUCAAAGCUAAGUUGUCAGACUGACCAUGAACUUCACCUGGAAAAACUGCUAAAAGACAAAAAGUAUUUAGCAGCAUUCCACUCUUUUCUGCAGUCUGAGUUCAGUGAGGAAAACAUUGAGUUCUGGCUCGCAUGUGAGGAGUUCAGGUUGACUACCUCACCAGAAGACCUUCAAUGGAGAGCAGAGGAGAUCUACCGGGAGUUCAUCCAGCCUACAGCCUGCAGAGAGAUCAAUGUAGACCAGCGUGUUAGAGAGAAGAUCAAGCAGGCACUUGAGAAACCCAACCUUUCCUGCUUUGACGAGGCCCAGAAACAUGUUUACCUGCUGAUGGAAAGAGACUCUUGCCCAAGAUUCCUGCACUCAGAUGCCUACCUGAGUCUAAAGCGCAAAUCCAGGACUCUGUGGUACCUUUAAAGAGAGCUACCAUCCCUGGAUCAACUAAUUUACUGUUUCACUCUAAACCCAAACAUAAAAAAAUAUUUUUUAACAGUGUGCAAUAUCAUUUUUUCUUUUUGUACUGAUAAAAUGCCGUGGACUUUAGUACAGCAAGGCAAACACAAUGACAGAAAAGUAAUGUGAGUGUGGAGAUAUGUACGUAUAAAGAAUGUUGGUAUGUGUUAGUACUUUAGAGGAGUUCAAGGUUCUUUGAAAUACUGUAUGUGUUAACUGAAAGUCUAGGUAAGUUAAGCUUGUUUCUGAUGUGAAAUGUUAGGACUUCUUGCCCAAAUUUGGCUAAUUCAGUCAGUAACUGUAGUCAUUCAUCAUCUAUAAGUAUUCUUUUUAUUCCAAUAUAGUCAGAAUUAUAUUUAUCUGACUGACUAACUGAGACAUGAGGAAGGGCAUGAGUCAAAAUAAAGGAUAACAGUUUCCACAGCUUACCCAGCAAAGGGAUUCUGUUUUCAGUCACAUGUCUAAUAUAUCCUUUAAUUAGGUGUGGGCCUGACUCUGUACACCAACAUCAGGGUUUACUAAACUGGAAAAAAGUAACCCCCCACUCUAACCCUCGAUCCCGCUCUGUUCUGUAAACGGCCUUAUUCCUAAAGAUUGUGCCUUAAAAAGGAGUACUGAGGCAGCUAAUAAUAACUCAAGGGCUUAAAUGACAACACAGGAGUCAUCAGACAACCUGAUGCGUAACAGAUCAGCCCUCAAUGUGCUGCCUUGUUAGGGGAAUAAUCUCAUCACCCACAGACAAUGACUGGGGAAAAUACUACAAAAAGAGGAGUCUGGGAAAGGUUUUUUCAAAUGAAAAUAGAGAGACUGUGUAUGUUAAACAGUUCCACGUUAAUAAAGGUUUUUGUCACAUCGGUUUGUACUCAUGGCCUGAUGUUGUUAACAAAUUUAAGCAGUUUUUCCAACCAUGAUGAGUACUGUGGGGCAAAAAAAGAGGACGUGGUCAUAGAGAAUCUGCUUCAUCACUUAUCAGACUUGAUAAUAAAAGGACAGUAGCUUAUAUUUUUUACAACAGUAAGCGCCUCAUACCAUUACUCAAAAGGAUAUUUGAACCCUAUCUGGUCAAAGACUAAUAGCUUUAUGACUGAAAAUCCUAUUUUUAAAAUACUAUAUUGAGGCAUUUGCUCUGUUUUUAACAUAAAGGUGAAAGUCCAGAGUUCAUGUACUACCAUAUGAAAGAGAACACCAAUGAAAGGUAUGAAAACAAACUAUGAAGCUCACUUUUUUGUAGUUCCAACACAAGUGAAGAAGGCUUUGAAACUAUGUUGCUAUAUUGUUUCCCCAUGUUAGCUAGUUUACAAUCAACAUCCACUUCAGCAUGACACAAAUAUUUGUGUCAUGGCAGUUGAGUCUAAACACAUCCCAGUCUGUUAGUCAGCUGCCAUUAUAGGGACGACAGAUUGGGCCUUUAGGUGUAUAUUCAGUUUGAGUUUGCCUGUUCUAGUUACUAGUCAUUAGAUAGAAAUGCAUAUGGAUUUUAAAAAGCGAUGGUAGAUUUACGUUUUCAGACAAAAGCCAAAGGUUUUGGCUAUUGCUUUCCAUGCAAACUAUUUACUUUGAUGUGAGAAAGGUUGCUCUAAUGCUAUUUGGACGUUGAGGGAAAUAGAAACAGAAAUCAUACACUCAGUAUAACAGCAGAACAUCCUUUAUGGUUCUAUGGGAACAUGACCCCUUGGCUUCCUCGAUGUAUGACCUCAAUAAAGACUUUCUAUGGUAUCA